AUGCACACCCUGGCCGAGGCUUUUGUCCCCUUCGGCGAAGUCGUCGAUAUCACGCUCCCCAAACCCGAUGUCCCCAAUACGAAUGAAGCCCAUCGAGGAUUCGGAUACGUGGAGUUUGACCUACCGGAAGAUGCGAAGGAAGCGAUCGAUAAUAUGGACGGAAGCGAGCUCUACGGACGGACGAUAAAAGUGGCAGCGGCCAAACCACAGAAAGACAGCAACGAAGGCCUCGGAAGCAAAACCGCGAUUUGGGAACAGGAGGGAUAUCUGGCCAAAUACGCCGUCAGUGAAGAAGACCGCCUGGCCGCCGAUGAGGCGAAGAUGGCAUCCAAUGAACGCCCUAGCGACCCAAUGCAAGGCCUGGAAGAGCUAGACGUCGCAGGUCCGAAGCCCGAAUGA